CUCAACUUAUACACCAUAUAUCGUGAGCUGUUUCCACCCAACUUAACGAAACAAUUAUCGAACAAUCCAACUCGAAAGAAAAAUGGACCUCAACCAUCAAGUAAACAACGCAAAAAUCCCUCUCCAACCUCAUGUAUUAAUCUUUCCGUUACCAUUUCAAGGACCAGUUAACUGUGCUCUAAAGUUAGCCGAACUCCUAUGUCUUUCCGGCAUCCAUGUCACCUUCCUCAACACCGAGCACAUCCACCGCCCUCUCCUCCGCCACACCCAGGUGGUAUCCCGAUUCAACAGCUACCCAAACUUCCGAUUUGAGACAAUCCCUGAUGGAGUUGAGCAUGAAAAACCUGUCUCCGGUGACCGGUUCAUGGAGGUGAUGGAAGCUGUAGAUACUGUAAGCAGACCACUUUUCCGGGAGAUGAUGGUUUCCGGUAGCCUGAGUUCAAGAUCGGAUCGGCCAGUGACAGUGAUGAUACCAGAUGCUUGCUUUAGUUUUGCGGUGGAUAUUGCUUUAGAGACGUCGACUCCUGUGGUUGUCUUCGACACAGUAAGUCCAUGCUGCCUGUGGACUUCUUACUUGAAUCUUCCUACCCUUAUUCAAGCUGGGGAUGUUCCAUUCAAAGGGGAUGAUCUAGACGUGCUUAUAAAAAGUGUGCCAGGAACAGAACAUAUUAUGCGGCGACGGGAUCUUGGUAGCUUUUGUCGUACCGACGACCUAUCAGACCCUGUAAUUCAACUCAUCUUGAAAGAAGCUCGAACAGCUCCUCAAGCUCAAGGAUUCAUAAUCAACACGUUCGAAGACUUGGAUGCUCUCAUACUCCCACACAUGAAAAAACUUUGUCCAAAUAUUUACCCUAUAGGCCCACUUCACUCUCUCCACAAAGCUCGCCUCAUGGCCAAUACGACAUUGGUGUCCUCAGAAACCACCCUUUCAAAUAGCGUCUGGAAGGAAGAUAGAACUUGCUUGUCGUGGCUCGAUAAACACCCUCCAAAAACCGUUCUUUACGUCAGCAUCGGGAGUCUAGCCACCAUGACAGUAAACCAACUGCUCGAAAUAUGGCAUGGUGUGGUAAACAGUGAGAAACCCUUUCUAUGGGUUAGACGCCCAGGAUCAAUCACUGGUGAGUAUGAUGAAUCUCAGAUCCCUGUUGAACUACUAGAGCGAACAAAAGAAAUCGGGUGUAUCGUAGAUUGGGCACCACAAGAAGAUGUCCUCGCCCACCCUGCUGUUGGUGGGUUUUUGACGCAUAGUGGGUGGAACUCGACUAUCGAGAGUAUAGUCGAGGGUGUUCCCAUGAUUUGUUGGCCUUACUUUGUGGACCAACAAGUGAAUAGUCGAUUUGUGGGAGAGGUAUGGAAGCUUGGGAUAGACAUGAAAGAUACUUGUGAUCGGUUGAUCGUUGAAAAGGCAGUGAAGGAUGUCAUGGGAACGAGACGAGACAUGUUUAUCCAGUGUGCGGAUGGUUGGGCAAAUCUGGCUAAAGAGUCGAUAGCUGAGAUGGGCUCCUCGUCCAUGAGUUUGAGUCGUUUGAUUGAUGAUAUAAAAGUAAUGAGCUCGACCACAAAGUAACCACUAUACAGGUCGAUGAAUGUUAUAAGGAGUAGUUGUUUAUGGGUUGCAUGUUUGUUUGAUUAGAUAAGCCUAUUAUUAACGUCAUUAGGGAUAAAUUUAAAUAUAUAAUAAUGUAAUUGACUUCCAAUGAUUUGGAGACUCACGAGGGCCAAGUAAUGUCACAAAC